AUGGAUCAAGAUCUUGUAGACAAUUCGAAUCUUGUUACAUUAACCGCAACAACAACAGACAGUCCCACCAUCAAGUUCGUUGGUGUUGUCCCUAUGAUCAUGAAUAUCUUAAACACAGUUUUAGGUGCAGGAAUUUUAAGUGUUUCUAACUCUUUCACCUUUUGUGGUCUCAUACCAUCAGUAUUAAUGCUUUGUGCAUCAGCUAUCUUCACUUAUAUCUCAACAAUCAUGGUUAUUAAAAUGGCAGCCAUAACUAAUUCGGAUUCACUCGGAUAUCUUGCAAUGAAAACAGUAGGUAAAUACGGAUCAUUAUUACUAUCGAUUUCUUUACUCUGUUUCUGCUAUGCUUGUAUGACCGCAUAUUUAAUUAUGUCCACAGAAAUCAUACAAGGCUGGCUUCUCCUUGCAGGAGUAAAUACGAAUACAUUUGCAAAGCGCAGUUUAGUUUGCGUCUGCUAUUCUCUUUUCCUUCCAAUUAUGCUUACUGUUCCAAAACAUGUUGGAUUUCUUAACUACGCAUCUACAUUUUGCUUCUUCUCACUCAUCGCGUAUGUUGCUGGUAUGAUUUAUAAGGCAAUUAUCCUUCUUCCAAAACAAGGAAUCGAUCCAACAGUAGAAACCUCAUCCUUUGGCAUCAAAAUCUUCAACUCACUCGGAAUUUACUCUCUUUCAUUUGCUCUUGCAGGUGUCAUCAUCCCAAUCAUCAGAAAUAUGCAGCCAAAUCUUCAUAAGCGCUAUGUUGCCACUGGCUCAGCAUUCUUCCUCUCAUUUGUCAUUACGUUAGUUCCAGGCAUGCUUGGCUACCUCAUUUUCGGCAGAUCCGCCAAACCUUUGAUUUUAUCAAACUUCCCCGACGACGACAUCAUAUUUAUCAUUGUCAGAGUAGCCUGCUGCAUUGUUCUCACAGCAUCUUACCCAGCCCUUGGCGUUACAAUCCUUGCUGUAUAUAGCCGCGUUUUUUACAAGACAGAAAACCACGCAGCUCUCGCAUGGAAGCAUAGGAUCGUUGUUCUCAUCUGCCAGAACAUCCUUCCUCUAGCAAUCGCCAUCUUCCUGCCAAACGUAAGGCCUGCAAUGGGAAUUGGUGGUGCUUUUGGUGCUGGUACCUCAAAUCUUGUGUUACCCCCUCUUAUGUGGGUCAUAUUCAAUGAGAAGAAGUGGACUCACUGGACGAACCUUCUUUCAUUGCUCAUGUUCGUUGUUGGCACUGCUGCUGCUGGAAUUGCUACUUAUGAAGCGGUUCUUGACUGCAUCGCUGCAUUUUCCGGAAAUAAUAAUUAG